AGCUCUUUUCCUCCCUGGCUGCCUGAAGACCAACCUUCAUCAUGAAUGACACAGUAACCAUCCGGACCAGGAAGUUCAUGACCAACAGACUAGUUCAGCGGAAGCAAAUGGUCAUUGAUGUCCUUCACCCUGGGAAGGCAACAGUACCCAAGAUAGAAAUCCGGGAAAAACUAGCCAAAAUGUAUGAGAUCACACCUGAUGUCAUCUUUGUGUUUGGAUUCAGAACCCACUUUGGUGGUAGCAAGACCACUGGCUUUGGCAUGAUUUAUGAUUCCUUGGAUUACGCAAAGAAAAACGAACCCAAACACAGACUUGCAAGACAUGGCCUAUAUGAGAAGAAGACGACCUCAAGAAAACAGAGAAAGGAACGCAAGAACAGAAUGAAGAAAGUCAGAGGGACUGCAAAGGCCAACGUUGGUGAUGGCAAAAAGAAGGAGUAAAGAUUCUUCGGUGACUUUAUCUGUGAUGGUUGUGCAGAUUUUUCAUGAGAGGAUUAAUAAACUAUAAACUUAAAAAAAAAAUUGUUUAAAGUGGC